UCUUCAACUGUCAGCGCGACAAAGGAAGAGGUCAAGGUUAUUAGGUCAAGCACUAGAGAGCCCUGUUGCCAAGGGAAUGGAUCAGCCCGGUUAGGAUUGGUCUGCCCUUGCGAUCCAGCCCUCAGGUGAAAACGAGUGGCCCACGCCCCUGUCACUCACAUAAGUAGCUGGUCACGCCCCAAGCCCAGCGGGCUCGGAAGACCCGCCUCCUCUCUAAGGUUAAGCGAGGAAAGCUGGGAUUGGAGGUUCAGGUGGUGACGUAACUUUCCGCUUUGAGUGGCUUUCCGCUCUGGCGGCAGCCGGGAGAGGCUCGGGGAACAUUUAGCUGGGUCUCCCGACCCCUUAGCCCUCGGAAGUGCGAUGAGGUCCGUUAGCUACGUGCAGCGCGUGGCCCUGGAGUUCAGCGGAAGCCUCUUUCCGCACGCAAUCUGCCUCGGAGACGUCGAUAACGACACGUUAAAUGAACUGGUGGUGGGAGACACCAGUGGGAAGCUGUCUGUAUAUAAGAAUGAUGACAGCCGUCCAUGGCUCACCUGUUCUUGCCAGGGAAUGCUGACUUGCGUUGGGGUUGGAGAUGUAUGCAAUAAAGGAAAGAAUCUCGUGGUGGCAGUAAGUGCUGAGGGCUGGUUUCACUUGUGUGACCUGACACCUGCCAGGACCCUGGAUGCUUCUGGGCACCAUGAGACCCUAAUGGGAGAGGAGCAGCGUCCAGUGUUUAAGCAGCACAUCCCUGCCAACACCAAGGUCAUGCUGAUCAGCGACAUCGAUGGAGACGGGUGUUGCGAGCUGGUGGUAGGUUACACAGACCGUGUGGUACGGGCUUUCCGCUGGGAAGAUCUGGGCGAGGGCACUGAACAUCUGACAGGGCAGCUGGUGUCGCUCAAGAAAUGGACACUGGAAGGCCAGGUGGACAGUCUCUCGGUGACUCUGGGGCCCCUUGGUGUUCCUGAACUGAUGGUGUCACAGCCAGGCUGUGCUUAUGCAGUGUUACUAUGCACCUGGAACAAGGACGCUAGGCAUUCCACUACCUCUGAGGGGACCACGGAGGGCAUUAGUCCCCCAGUCUCCUGCCCACAGGGAGACCCCGGCUGCCCGAGAUGUUGUGCUACACCAGACAUCCGGCCGCAUCCACAACAAGAAUGUCUCUACUCACCUCAUCGGCAACAUCAAACGAGGCCACACUGCGGAGAGUGGUGGCUCUGGCCUCUUUGCCCUCUGCACCCUGGAUGGGACACUGAAGCUUAUGGAGGAAGCAGACAAGCUGUUGUGGUCAGUGCAGGUGGACCACCAGCUUUUCGCCCUAGAGAAAUUGGAUGUCACGGCCUGUAUGCCUGCAAAGAGGGCCGCAACAGUCCCUGCCUCGUGUAUGUCACAUUCAACCAGAAGAUCUAUGUGUACUGGGAGGUGCAGCUUGAGCGGAUGGAGUCUACUAAUCUGCUGAAAUUGCUAGAGGCUGAGCCUGAGUACCAGGGGCUGCUGCAGGAGCUGGGCCUGGAUCCUGAUGACCUCCCAGCAGCCCGCACCCUGGUUCACCAAACCCUCUACCAUCCUGACCAGCCACCACAGUGUGCUCCUGCAAGCCUCCAGGAUCCCACCUAGCGGGGCUUUCCCUCUUAGCUGAAUAAGGAUCCUCUGAACCUCUCUACCCCCAAGGUGUCCAUGGUAUUGGCAGGAGAGGGAAUGUAUACUACAGAGGAGCAUGGACAGAUGGCAGCAACCCGAGGGUAACUGUGAACUAUAGAUCUCAUGGUCUUCUCGGUGAAAGAAGAGACAACUUGACUGUCUGCCCAUUUUCUUGUCUACCUCACCCAUCACAUCAGCAGGGUUGUAAGACCCUGACCUUAUUCCACAUCAUCUGGGACUGCCCCCUCCCCAAAACUCCCCAGUCUCGUAUGGAAAACAGACUUGUUUGUGAGGAAGGAGCACCAAUCUUUUGUGUGGCACUGACACUUGUGAGGAAACUAGGCUUCGGGGCCAGUGGAGCUGUGAGGUAAGGCCUCUGCCCCAUCCGAAGCUCCAUCUUCAUGUCACAGCUCCCUCCAGGUCCCUGACAGUGGCGGUUAUUGCAAGAAUGGCAAACUGUCAGCUUUGUUAUUGAGGGGCCUUUCAGGGCAUUUCACAGUCUGGAUUUUCUGUGUCCCCAGCAAUCCUGAGAUGAUUUUGCUCUAUUUUCCAAAGAACCUGGGCCAGCAACCUCUCAUUUUGCCAUGCUCUUCAAGUAUCACACAGUUUCCUAGGCCUCGCUCCAUUUCCCACCCCCCCAUUUCCACAGAAACACCUAUUGUCCAUCAGACAAUAGACAUUUACAACCUGAUGCAGAUUUAUGAUCCAGACCAUAAUCAGAAUUCUAUCUUGGGCCAUUUCUAUCCCUUCUGCUCUUCAUUCUGUGUGCUUUAAAUCAGUAUCUUUCAAAUUAUAGGUUGCAAUCUUUUAGUGGGAUGUGGUCAGCAUUUUUUAAAUAAAUGAAAUAGAAUACAGUAGAAUGAAAAAUAAAGUAUAUUGUUCACAGUA